AGCUGCAGCUGCUGCUCGUCGUGGCCUGCAGCUGCCUUAUGCUGCCAUCGGUGCAGGGCCUGCGCCUCGCCAACGGCGGCAACAGCCUCAGCAAGGGUGCGGCCGCCAAUAAGGAGCAGCUCAACAUCGGGCUCAUUGCGCCGCACACGAACUUCGGCAAGCGGGAGUACCUGCGGAGCAUCAACAAUGCCGUCACGGGGCUGACAAAGACGCGCGGCGCCAAGCUAACCUUCCUCAAGGACUACUCCUUCGAGCAGAAGAACAUCCACUUCGACAUGAUGUCCCUGACGCCCAGUCCCACAGCUAUCCUCAGCACUCUGUGCAAGGAGUUUCUGCGCGUGAAUGUCUCUGCCAUUCUGUAUAUGAUGAACAACGAACAGUUUGGCCAUAGCACCGCCUCGGCGCAGUACUUUCUGCAGUUGGCUGGUUACCUGGGCAUACCAGUGAUCUCAUGGAAUGCGGAUAAUUCCGGGCUGGAGCGUCGGGCCUCACAGUCGACGCUGCAGCUGCAGCUGGCGCCGAGCAUUGAGCAUCAGAGUGCGGCCAUGCUGAGCAUCCUGGAGCGCUACAAGUGGCAUCAGUUCUCGGUGGUCACCUCACAGAUAGCCGGCCACGAUGACUUUGUGCAGGCGGUGCGGGAGCGCGUCGCCGAGAUGCAGGAGCACUUUAAGUUCACGAUCCUCAACUCCAUUGUGGUCACACGCACCAGCGAUCUCAUGGAGCUGGUGAACAGCGAGGCGCGCGUUAUGCUCCUCUACGCCACACAAACGGAGGCCAUUACCAUUUUGCGCGCCGCCGAGGAAAUGAAACUCACCGGCGAGAACUACGUGUGGGUUGUCAGCCAGUCCGUGAUCGAGAAGAAGGAUGCCCACUCCCAGUUCCCCGUUGGCAUGCUCGGCGUGCACUUUGACACCUCCAGCGGUGCCCUCAUGAACGAGAUCUCCAAUGCCAUCAAGAUCUAUAGCUAUGGGGUGGAGGCAUAUCUCACGGAUCCGGCCAAUCGGGAUCGCCGCCUCACCACCCAGUCGCUGUCCUGUGAGGACGAGGGACGCGGCCGCUGGGACAAUGGUGAAAUCUUCUUCAAGUACUUGCGUAACGUCUCCAUUGAGGGCGAUCUGAAUAAGCCAAAUAUUGAGUUCACGGCGGAUGGGGACUUGAAGUCCGCCGAGCUGAAGAUCAUGAAUCUGCGGCCCAGCGCCAACAAUAAGAAUCUCGUCUGGGAGGAGAUCGGAGUGUGGAAGUCGUGGGAGACACAGAAGUUGGAUAUCCGCGAUAUCGCGUGGCCGGGUAACUCGCACGCACCGCCGCAGGGUGUGCCCGAGAAGUUCCAUUUAAAGAUAACAUUCCUCGAAGAGGCACCCUAUAUCAAUCUGUCGCCCGCGGAUCCAGUGAGUGGCAAGUGCCUGAUGGACCGCGGUGUGCUGUGCCGUGUGGCGGCCGACCACGAGAUGGCCGCCGAUAUCGAUGUGGGCCAGGCACACCGCAACGAGUCCUUUUACCAAUGCUGCAGCGGCUUCUGCAUCGAUCUGCUUGAGAAGUUUGCCGAGGAGCUCGGCUUCACCUACGAGCUGGUGCGGGUCGAAGAUGGUAAAUGGGGUACACUUGAGAAUGGUAAAUGGAACGGUCUGAUUGCCGAUCUGGUUAACCGCAAGACGGACAUGGUGCUCACCUCCCUCAUGAUCAACACGGAGCGCGAGGCUGUCGUUGACUUCAGUGAGCCCUUCAUGGAGACGGGCAUUGCCAUUGUGGUGGCCAAGCGCACAGGCAUUAUCUCGCCCACGGCCUUCCUGGAGCCCUUCGACACAGCCUCCUGGAUGCUGGUGGGUAUCGUGGCCAUCCAGGCAGCCACCUUCAUGAUCUUCCUAUUCGAGUGGCUCUCGCCCAGCGGCUACGACAUGAAGCUGUAUCUGCAGAACACAAACGUCACACCCUAUCGCUUCUCCCUGUUCCGCACCUAUUGGCUCGUGUGGGCCGUACUCUUUCAAGCGGCUGUCCAUGUGGACUCACCGCGCGGUUUCACCUCACGCUUCAUGACCAACGUCUGGGCGCUCUUUGCCGUCGUCUUUCUUGCCAUAUACACUGCCAACCUUGCAGCCUUCAUGAUAACCAGGGAAGAGUUUCACGAGUUUAGCGGCCUCAAUGACAGCCGCCUGGUGCACCCGACGUCGCACAAGCCUUCGUUCAAGUUCGGCACGAUCCCCUACAGUCACACGGACUCAACCAUACACAAGUACUUCGGCAACAUGCACCUCUACAUGAAGAAUUACAACAAAACGAGCGUGGCCGAUGGUGUGGCUGCUGUGCUCAAUGGCAAUCUGGACUCGUUCAUCUAUGACGGCACAGUGCUGGACUAUCUGGUGGCACAGGAUGAGGACUGCCGCCUCAUGACAGUCGGCAGUUGGUAUGCCAUGACGGGAUAUGGCCUGGCCUUUAGUCGCAAUUCGAAGUACGUGCAAAUGUUCAACAAGCGUCUGCUCGAGUUCCGUGCCAAUGGGGAUCUGGAGCGACUGAGGCGCUACUGGAUGACGGGCACGUGUCGGCCGGGCAAACAGGAGCACAAAUCCUCGGACCCGCUGGCCCUCGAGCAGUUCUUGUCCGCCUUUCUGCUGCUGAUGGCCGGCAUACUGCUGGCCGCCCUGCUGCUCCUGCUCGAGCAUGUCUACUUCAAGUACAUACGAACGCGGCUGGCCAAGAAGGAUGGCGGCCACUGCUGUGCCCUCAUCUCGCUCUCCAUGGGCAAGUCGCUCACCUUUCGGGGCGCCGUCUUUGAGGCCACCGAAAUCCUCAAGAAGCAUCGCUGCAACGAUCCCAUCUGCGACACGCACCUGUGGAAGGUCAAGCACGAGCUGGACAUGUCACGGCUGCGUGUCCGACAGCUGGAGAAGGUCAUGGAUAAGCACGGCAUCAAGGCGCCGCAACUGAGGCUUGCUUCCUCUUCGGAUCUGCUGAACCAUCAUCAUCUAAAGGAGCGACCGCCAUUGCUGGGCAAUCUCAGUCUGGCUGCCAGCGCUCAAGAUCUAUACAGGUGGUCGUACAAGACGGAAAUCGCCGAGAUGGAGACGGUGCUCUGAAGCGUUCCAGCCAGAGUGGAUGCGGACAGACAGAUGGCAGCUGGAACUGAAACUAAAACUGGAACUGGAACUGGAAGCUGGGCACUGGAAGCGGCACACUGGCUGCUGCAACUAGAUCUGUGUGUUCCAGCGUGCGUUUUCCAAUGCACUCCAAUAAGCACACCCACACACACACACACGCACACGCACACUGAGCCACAACUUUUUUUACAGUUACUAGAGAACAGUCCCACAGCGCCCACGCCCCUCGGCCAUUGGAGGGUGCGGCACAUGUGUACGCCUAAUCAAAAUCAAUGUUUCAAAUAAUAUGUAAACUGAAAGCUUUCUAAAAGUUAAAGAAUAACGGUGGAAUCACCAAAGAGCAGGAGCAAGAGCGAGAGCGAGAGCAAGAGAUCGAGCAGAAGUGCAGCAAAGAGAAAGAAGAACCCGAAGCGCCUCACACAAACCGAAAACCGAAAACACACAAGUCGAAAAUAAGGAGAAGAACGGACAUUCAAAGCCAAACCAAAGUUUCACACAGAUUGUAAAAAGUAAAGCCAAUAGCUAACUAAACAUUAAACUAACAGUUAAUGCAGAAGCACUUCAUAACGAAUAAGUUUUAAU